AUGGGAAAGUGGAGAUACGGUGUUGUCCUAGAUGCUGGGUCCUCUGGGACGCGCGUCCACAUCUACCGAUGGCUGAACCACGACGCCGCCCGCAAGAAGGCUGGCGAUGCGCAACUACACAGCCUACCGGUCAUAGAAACAAAAGAGGACUGGACUAAGAAGAUACACCCAGGCAUUUCAACCUUCGGCGAACACCCUCACGAUGUCGGCUCCGAACACCUCGACAAGCUCCUCAGCCAUGCGCUCAAAUACGUACCCCUCGAAGAAGUCCCGAAUACACCUCUCUUCCUGCUCGCAACAGCGGGCAUGCGCAUACUGCCCGAGCGCCAACGGAAGGAGGUACUGAAGGAAGUCUGCGAGUUCGCGCGAAGCACCACCCAGUUCCAACUACCGGAUUGCGACGUACACGUUCAGGUCAUACCUGGAGAGACAGAAGGCCUCUAUGGCUGGAUCGCAGCGAACUACCUGCUUGGCGGCUUCGAUCGCCCCAAGGAUCACGACCACGGCAAGGGCCACAACACCUAUGGAUUUCUGGACAUGGGAGGCGCGUCGGCUCAGAUCGCCUUUGCACCAAAUGCGACCGAAGCGGAGAAGCAUGCAAACGACUUGACGCUGAUGCGCCUGCGUGCGAUAGACGGUACACCGCUCGAACACAAGGUGUUUGUGACCACAUGGCUGGGAUUUGGCGUCAACCAAGCAAGAGAGCGCUACGUCAAGGCCUUGCUAGAGUCCAGCGCGGAGAAGGAGCUUCCUGACCCUUGCCUACCUGCAGAUCUCAAGGUGGAGGUCACAGAAGAUGGCAAAUCGAUCGACUCGGACGACGACGACGACGAUGACGACCAGCCAAAACCAAAAGCCGCAGCGAAGUUAGUAGGCACAGGACAGUUUUCAGAGUGCUUGCAUCGGACGUUUCCGCUUUUGGAAAAAGAGAAGGAGUGUACAGACUCGCCAUGCCUGAUCAACGGACAGCAUGUGCCCGCUAUCGAUUUCAACGUAAACCACUUCGUAGGUGUGUCCGAGUACUGGCAUACCACGCACGAGAUCUUCGAACAUGGACACAAGCACAAGGCAUACGACCUCAAGACCUAUCAGGAGCGCGUGGAUGAGUUCUGUAGUCAAGACUGGAAGAGCAUAGAAAAGGGGAUCAAGAAGAAGAAAUGGGGUCACAAAGUAGAUGAGGACAAGGCACGAGACGUGUGUUUCAAGGCGUCCUGGGUCAUCAACAUGCUGCACGAUGGAAUUGGCGUCCCCCGAGUUGGCAUCGAAGAUCUGAACGGCAGCACGAACACCACCAAGGACGUCAUCGACAAUGCAAAGGCCAAAGGAUUUCUCGACCCAUUCCAAGCAGUCAACAAGAUCAACAAGGUGGAGCUGAGCUGGACACUGGGAAAGAUGGUCUUGUACGCUUCCAGCGAGAUUCCACCACCGUCCGAAGAAGCCCUCGCAGUAGGCUUUGGCUCGAACGUACCCGGUAUACCAGCAGAUUUCCAAUAUCCCGGAGGCAUACCAAGACUGUACGAAUCCGACAGUGACUGGCAUCGGCUUUUUGUCGAGAACCCGCAGCGCAUACCCGGCUUCUUCAUCAUGAUAUUCAUCGUCAUCUUCAUCUUUUGCCUCAUUCUUGGAAAAGAAAAAAGGAACGCGGCCAAGCAGUCCAUCAUCAAACUCUUCAAGAGGAAACAGGGCAAAGAUCCUCUCCACCGCCGCCGAGGGCGCAGUUUCCCAGCAAAGCUCUUUGGCCUUGGUGGCUCCUCCUCGAAUACCCAGCAGCCCUAUGAACGCGUUGACCUAGAAGAUGGCGAGGCAGCGAACGAAUUUGAACUCGAAGAGACGUAUCUAGACUCCUCGGACAAUGAGCUUUCAGACUCCUCUGAGGGUUCCAAGGUUGGAAAGACAAGUGGUUGGGCGACGCCGCAGAUCAAGACUGAACUUGCGUCAGGUGCACCAAACUACUUUGGCGCCACGAGCGCUGGAGACGUGGUCAGAGAAGGGACGGGCCUGGGGCUCGGGCCCCCGAGUGCCUUUGAGUUGAGCCGGACGUACAGCCGGGAGAGAAUAAAGAGCCGCGCAAACAGUCCGAAGAGAGGGAGAGGCAUGACGAAACUAGAUGAAUAA